AUGUCGCUCUCCCCGUCCACAUGGCGUGUCCUCGGCCGUUCGGUCAGUACAAGUUAUAUCAGCUUAGGCAUAUUCGCCAUCACCUACCCCGUAGUGGCGGCGAAGUGCUUUGGGAUCUAUCCAAUUACCGACGACACUGCACUUGCAGCCAAAGCCACAGGCACAGCUACAGCUACAGCCACAGGCAACGACAAUGGCCACGGCCACGACCACGGCAAUAGCCUGACCACGGACAAACAGAGACAUGCCAGCGCCGUGUUGACGUCGAUGCGCCUUCUUGGAGCGCGCGACCUCAGCAUCGGCAUUGCAUUGGCCUGGCUGGAUUACCAGGAGAAGCCGCAGGCGGUAGGAACGGUGAUUCUGAGUGGGCUGGUGUUGUGUGUGGUCGAUGUGUACGAGAUCUGGCGGCUCCGUGGGUGGCAAUGGGCUGCCGUGUUUGCAGCAGGGGCUGGUCUUUGGAUGAGUGUCGGAUACGGGCUGAUGCAGUAG